GCUAUUCAGAUUGGCAAAUCAUUCUUCAAGUACUCACUAGAUAAAGUAUCUUCAAGGCAGCACUUGAAUCAGUUUCAUCAGUCGAUCCAAUAUCUAUUAGUUGCUAGGAGGCUGCUCUUAACCUGGCUGGACGCUAGUUACGAGCAAGAUGAGCCGCCUGAAGUUUCAUCGGACGCUUCAGCCGACGGAUCCGCACGCCCUACCGGUCCUCAUCAUUGGCCAGCUUCGUCAUCUGACGGAACUGCCGUUCGACCGGAUUAGCCCAAAACUGGAACCGCGUGUCGACCGGGAAACGUACAUGAAAGCAGUGUCCUGCCUUCAUCCCGCGCCGACCGAUACGUGCUCGUUGUAUCUCGACCAGGCCCGGGUCGCUGCGCUUCCGUUGAAAGCAUCACGCCACAACACUGCAUCACGGGCUCACGCGAUCACGAAACUUAUUCAAACGAAUACGACGAAUGUGAGCGAAUCCAUCGUGAUUGUGUGCGAAAAGCAGGACUUGCUUGCAUCGGCUAGUGCGGUCGCCCGGGCUUUUCCGUUGUACAGUCGGAAAACAUCCAAGGCGGCGACUGCUGAUCCACCGCCAUUGGUGCACAUCGAGUUCGUGCUGGUAAACGGUCAGUCGGAAACCCCCGAGGAAAUCACCGAAGAGGAUGUCCUUGUGAUGGCGAACGUGACCGUCGGCAUCCGACUGACUGCACGAAUCGUUGAUGCACCGUGCAAUGAGAUGAACGUGUCUGGCUUCCUGGCGGAGGUGGAAGCGAUCGCACUGGAGCUCGGACUGAAGUCGAAAAUAAUCCGUGGCAAGGAACUGCACGAACAAGGAUUCGGUGGUAUCUACGGUGUCGGAAAGGCGGCUGCUGAUCCACCAGCUCUCGCAGUACUAUCAUAUGAACCGAAAGGUGCUACCGAAACGGUUGCCUGGGUCGGAAAGGGUAUCGUGUUCGAUACCGGCGGUUUGAGCAUCAAGGGCAAGACCGCAAUGCCGGGUAUGAAGCGUGAUUGUGGUGGUGCCGCUGCAAUUCUAGGUGGAUUUUAUGCUGCCGUCAAGAGUGGAUUCCAGCAGAACCUGCAUGCCGUCUUCUGCCUCGCGGAAAACUCGGUUGGACCGGAGGCAACCCGCCCGGACGACAUCCACCGCCUUUACUCGGGCUGCACCGUGGAGAUCAACAACACCGACGCCGAGGGCCGCCUUGUGCUGGCUGAUGGGGUCGUUUACGCCGAUCGGGAUUUAAAGGCGAACAUCAUUCUCGAUAUGGCCACCCUCACGGGAGCACAGGGUAUCGCCACCGGAAAGUAUCAUGGGGCGCUCCUGACCAACAGCGAUGAAUGGGAGGAGAAAGCAAUGGAAAUUGGACGUCGCACCGGUGACAUGCUCUGCCCCGUGCCGUACUGCCCGGAACUGCAUUUCAGCGAGUUCAAUUCGGCCGUUGCCGACAUGAAAAACUCCGUCAUGGAUCGCGGUAACGCACAGGUCAGCUGUGCCGGUCUUUUCAUCGGUGCCCAUCUCGGGUUCGAGUAUGGUGGAUCGUGGAUGCACGUCGACAUGGCUGCACCAGUGCACAAUGGCGAACGGGCGACCGGGUACGGUGUGGCACUGCUGGCCGGGUUGUUCGGCGAACACAGCAAAGCUUCGAUCUUGCGGGACAUUGCUAGCCAGCCAACUGUGCUGAGAAAUAAGGCGUCCGGAAAUUGCACUGAACCUCCGUUGAAAAAGGCUUGCUUAGAUUGAACGCCUUAACGCAUCACGUGAGGGGGUGAGUUUUCAAAAGCUGAUUCUUUCGAUGAUUUAUACUGCACAUCUUAAAUACAAUUCAUUACUUUUUCUCAAUAAAUACUUUACCUUCAACCGUUGGAGGUGGAUUUUUCUAAUAAAUCAACUAAAUUAUGAAACGAAUAAUUGUUGUGCGUUUCUAUUUUUCUA